CCAUCGCAUUUUUAUCUCCAUCGAAGUCCAACUGAAACCUCUCCUCUCUAUGGCUGCCACUCUCUCUCUGUCCUUGGAUCCCAAUCACAACUGCUGCUACCUCUAUCCCACCACCACCCACUUCAAACACCACCAAGCCCUCCCCGUCUAUCUCCACAAGUCUGACCGUUACACCUUCAAAUCCUUCUUUUCCCAUUCCCACUCUUCCUCUUCUCCUUCUCCAACAGUAUCAAAUGCAUAUCUGGAAGACCCAUUUAGGAAAGGGCGUUUAUUGAGCAAUCAAGAGCUUGAGAAGCUUAAAUUCCUUGAAAAUUUCAGCUACUUUCAAGAAUUGACAACUGGGUCGAUGUGUGUUCGGGUGAUGAUGCCUGACGAGAUAGAUGACACUGUCGGACUUCUGGCUGAGUCGUUCGCUGAGUCCAUGCUUAUGCCUGCCGGUUAUGUUUCUCUUUUGAAAUUCUUUGUGAAGCAGUACUUGAUUGAGAGGAGAGCCGUAAUGCCUCAUGCCGUUACCCUUCUUGGAUUUUACAGAGGGGAAGAAGAGGAGGAAGAAUUGGCUGGGACCGUCGAAAUUUGCUUUAAUAAGAUGGGUGCUAAUACUUCUCCUCCUACACCCACUUCUCCCAAGAAUUCUCCCUAUGUCUGCAACAUGACUGUGAAACAGCAACUUCGAAGGAGGGGGAUUGGUUGGCAUCUUCUGAAGGCAAGUGAGGAACUUAUAUCCCAGAUGAGUUCCUCAAAAGAAUUAUACUUGCACUGUAGAAUGAUUGAUGCAGUUCCAUUCAGUAUGUAUAGAAAAGCAGGAUAUGAAGUUGUUAAGACAGAUAGCAUCUUGGUCUUGUUAUUGUUGCAGAGACGUAAGCAUCUGAUGUGCAAGAAACUCCCAGUCUUAAAGAACCCUUCGGAAUUGUAUUUGUCAGACACUGAAGAUGAACAUCCUCUGUAAAUGAAAUUGUGGAAAUCCUCAAAUAUGCUUCUGAGAUCUGGACUCUCUCAGGCUAAGAUACAGUCCAACUGGCUUGCAAUGGACAUCCAGAUCUCUCAUGAGCCAGUCUCUCCUUGGUUGUAUAUUGUCAUGACUGAGGUAGAAACAUGUUGUCCUUCAGGUUAAUGGAUCUUGCAUCCUUAUCUCUUUGAUAUCACUUUUUUGAACUUUUUUUAGGUUCAAUUUUGAUGCAUGUGAAUUAUGCACUGUAGAUUUCAUUAAAAGAAAGAAAGAAAAAUGCGUAACUAAAGAAGGCUAUAUAUUUUCUUGAGUUCUGUAGUUGAAAAAUGGAAGCUUCAUUUAGGUACAUGGUACAAGUUACAUGUAAUUACACAGUUUAUGCACAAAGUAUUUGUCAAUUAAAAAGUUUCAGCAACAAAGUGAUGAUGCGAGAUAUAAACCAUACAUGCAAAGAAAUGUUGCCUUUUAAUCCUAGAUCUCCAGUAAGUCUCAUACAUUGCUAGGUUCUCAGUGUUCUUUUUUGUGAAUCUCUUUUCUUCCGCUGAUUUCUUUGUUUUGUUUCUUAAGAUCAUUUAGAUGCUCUCUCCUUUUGGGUUCUGUAUCAUUUGUUCCGUAAUCAUACCAUCUUUCUCAAAGGCCCAAAGAUUAAGCUUCCUAUUCCGGAAACCUGUGGAAAGAAUAAUAAUAAGAAAAAGUUUCCUUGCGCGGAAAAUCAUCAGGUUUGUCAGACCACCCUUAGUUUAUGGAUUGGCAUGCCCAUGCCUUUUGAACUUUUAUAGAUUAUUAUGAUAUGGAGCUCUUUUACACAUUCUGCCAUUGAGAGUCUUUCUAUGCUCUCAACAUGGACACAUCUUGAUGCUAGAUUUGCAAACAUCACUAUCGAUUCGAUGGUGUAUGAACAACGACUCAGCUUUGGUUCUAUCAUUUCUCGCAACUUCUUCUGAUCGUUCAAUAAAUGUCUAACCUGGAAUGUCAAGCAGCAAACUCUCUAUUUAUUUGUUACCUCUAGAUAUCCUUUGAAAGUUGAGAAUUAUUUAGAGGGGUUGAUUAUUGUCAUCACCUAUAGUACCAGGUUUAUGUCUGUUUGUUCCUGGUUAAUUUCCACUGCUCUGCGUCAUGAUAAAAGCUCAAGAAGAACAACUCCAAAUGCAUAAAUAUCACUCUGUAAAGUAAGCUUCCCCGUCUGUUGCCAAUGGAGAAUUAUUAGUGUACAGCAACAAAUAUCUAAGCAGAUUCUUGCUAAAUAGUACAUAAGAUACAAAUAAUCUUUCUACUUUCUAGUAUUUUGAAGAUUUUCCAAGUACACUUUACAAACUAUGAAGUGAUCUUUCAGACAAACGACCAUAUUAAGCCUACACGAACUGUUCAUCUCUGUCAUCGGUUCUUGAAACUUUUCUGAUUUGCGGUAGUUUAUUUAUAUCAGAAGCUGGCAAAGGAAGUGGCUUUGGAUAACAGCAUUUUUAAUGAGCUUACAAGAAUACAAGAGUUCCCAGUUAAAUGUAAAGCUAACAGGCUAUUUGUCUUAUAUUUUCCGCUGCAUAGGAUAUUGAUUAAUGCAGUUGUGCUGGACCCAAACCAUGUGUCAUAUAAUUUUUUUUUUCAACUCUAAAUAUAUUCAUGUCUAGUUUCAUGUUAAUUUUGGGUGGUUUGUCUGAAUGGAGCAGUUCCUGUAGAAGUAUCUUUACUUGGUUUUAGUAUUUGUAAUUCAUUACAAUGCUGUUCUUUAUAAAGAUUGACUUGUGCAUAGUGCUGUGACUAUGCUUUGCUUCUU